AUGGAAAGAGCCCGGCGGAGGGGCGGCGGCGGCGGCGGCGGCGGCGGCGGCCGCGGGCGCGGCGGCGGCGGCGGCGGCGGCGGCGGCAAGAGCGUGGGGGGCUCUGGCGCGAGCAAGAGCAGACUCUACCCGCAGGCCCCGCACGCCCACUACCCCCAGUACGCGGCGGGGGGCGCGGCCGCGGAGAUCCAGGAGCUGGCCUCCAAGCGCGUGGACAUCCAGAAGAAGCGCUUCUACCUGGACGUGAAGCAGAGCGCGCGCGGCCGCUUCCUGAAGAUCGCCGAGGUGUGGGUGGGCCGCGGCCGGCAGGACCACGUCCGCAAGAGCAAGCUGACGCUGUCGCUGGCCGUGGCCGCCGAGCUCAAGGACUGCCUGGGCGACUUCAUCGAGCACUACGCGCACCUGGGCCUGCGGGGGCCCCGGCCCGAGCCCGCGCGCGGCGGCCUCGGCGUUGGCGGCGUUGGCGUUGGCGUUGGCGGCGGGGCCGAGCCCGGCGCGCGGCGGAGAGCGCGGCCCGCGGCGCCCUCGCCGCCCGGCUCGGGGGGCUCGGCCGAGCCCCCGCACAGCGUGCUCAAGACCGACUUCAUCGAGCGGGACCACCGCAAGUACUACCUGGACCUCAAGGAGAACCAGCGCGGCCGCUUCCUGCGCAUCCGGCAGACGCCUUCGCGGGGCGGCGCGCCGGGCUACCUGGGCGCGGCGGCGCCGGGGGGCCAGGAGCAGGCGGUCGUGCUGCCCGCGCAGGGCCUGAUCGAGUUCCGCGACGCGCUGGGCCAGCUGCUGGACGCCUACGGCGAGGGGGACCCCGGGGAGCGCGGCCUCGGCGUUGGCGGCGGCGGCCUCGGCGGCGCGGGGGACCCGCCCGAGCUGCCCGAGGGCGCGUCCCUGCGCGUGGACAACAAGCGCUUCUACUUCGACGUGGGCGCCAACAAGUACGGCGUCUUCCUGAAGCUCAUAAAUUACCCUAAAUCCAGAGAGAAUAUCAACCCUUUUCACUGUUGUCAAAUCCAGCAUAAGGAACAGCCUUUUGACACCACAAAAACAGUUGAGGAAUAAGGAAUAAGUCUCUCAUGUUAUACUUCAGAAAAAAAUGGCAUUUGGUGAAAGAAAUUAACCAAAGUUCAUCGUGAAUGCAAGGCUUCUGUACUUGACAUUCGUCCACGGAAAUGAAGACAGUUAUCAACACCAUUGGCAUCAUUUUCAAACUGCUCUCAUGUGGAAUAUCUUCCACCACACCGGAGUACAUCUUGACUCUAUCAGGUUUUCCUUUUCUUUUAUCUUGAAUUCAUCAAGCCUUUCCAUUUUCAAAAAAAGAAAAAAAUCCACUUGUCAGCAUUGAGGUAGAAAAACAUAGUUUUGAAAAUACUUUCUUAAGAGAUCAUGUAACUAUUCAACUCUGAAUUUAAAAGUAGAGGAGAAGGGAUCAUUUCAACCCGCUGUCUCUGAUAAGAAACACAUUUUUAAAUCUGUAACUGCUUUAGUGUUAACAGGGUACAAAGUGUUUUCUGUCCUGUGUUGUACUUUAAAGGUUCUCAUUGAUUGGUGAUUGUAUUGUACUGUAUGGAAACAAAUCAUAAAUUGCCUUGUAUUGUUUAUGAGAGAUCAUACCAUGAACACUACAGUUUUCAUGUUCCAAGUUCUUCAGUGAUGCAUGUUAACAGUUAGGUCCUAAACUUCUGUGGUGCUAAUUCUUUCAUACCCAAUGGUGCUUUUGUGGAUGCUAACUGCGCACAUGCUGAACAAAGCUUGAAGUUUAAACUAUCCUCCCCUCCUCUUAUUUAUAUGAAGUAAAAUAAAACAACUUGAAUUUGUCUCAAAGUAUCACUGACAAUCUAAUAAACUGGUUUCUAUGUGUGAUUA